AAGCAUUCUAUAGAUAAUCAUAUGGUCCGGGUAGGAAAGAAAGGUCAACGGAAGGCAAAGAAGCCAACUGCUGAAGAAAGCUAUCUGCAGGAAAUUCAAAACGAAUUAAAGAAAAAUAAGCACAGAAUUUGCGAAACCAGACGUCGUCAGCAGGAGUCAGCUGCAAUCAACUUGCUGAUGGAUUUCAUCUUACAUACAAAGAAAUUUGUUUAUACUGGAAGCGAAAAACUCUCUCGCAUGACAUUAUUGUCAUGUGCUGAUGAGUAUAUUCAUGACCACGUAUCUUCUCUGAAUGUGCUGCUGGGUGUGUUAUGCUCGAUUGUGGCUUGUUCACCGAGUACUCAAGAAUUGUUACUGGAGCUCAAAAAGGAGACUGCAGAACCCUCUGUCGUCGAUUUGAUGCAUAAGUUUGAGAUACCUGAGCAACACUACGAACUGAUGGAUUGUAUUCUUCAGAUUCAGGCAAACGACGCAUACAACGCUUAUUUUCCCUCUGCCUUACAUUCACUUUAGACGAAGAUUCGCUUUUUCAAUUUUCGUUUUGGCCUUGUUUUUGAAUUUCGUAUUCUCUCACUUUCCUAAAU